UAGUGUGGAAAGGAUGACGACUAUAGUGCAGCGCUAUACAAGAAACAUCCCAGAAAGUCCGCGUCACCAAGCCGCAAAGCUAGAAUCCUUCCACCACAGCCAUGGUGCCAUCACGACACAAUAAUUGAUUGCCACUGAUUCCAGCAAGGUUCUAAUAAAUCUUGUAGAUGCAACCUCGCUUUGCCUGCCGCCGCCAGUCUUCCGCCUCCGCCACACACAAAUGUCCAGUUUCUUUGCUGUAGCUGUAGCUUUGGUGCUCUCAUCUCUCAUCCAUGGAACCACGAUGGCCACAGCGAGCAGCGAAGAGAGCUUCUUCCAGAAGUGCCCAGCGUCCAGGUGCAGCGAAGGAGGGCCAGAGAUCCGGUUCCCGUUCCGCCUUGCGACCAGCCCUCUGUCAUGCGGUGCGCCCGGCAUGGAGCUGGUGUGCUCCAAAGCAGACACCGUCCUGGUUCACCCAAACCUUGGCUUGUGUAAGGUAACUGCCAUCUGGUAUGGCGGCAGCACUAUAACCAUCGUCCCACUCGCAGUCGCAGCAGAACCCAAGUGCCCUUUCCAGAAGAUCAUCUCCACCAAUCUAUCAACCGAUGUGUAUAGACCUUAUGGGGAUAGGGCAACCUUAGUGAGCUGUUCAGCAGAGUUCAUAGUACCAAGCCAUCCGGCCAGCCUUGCUGGUCCCAUCUCUUGCCUUACCAACGCUAGCCGCCGGUUCGCUUACUUGGUGCCGUCUUUUCGACCAAUGGAUUUCCUUCCCUUGGACUGCACGGUUCUUUCGAAUAGCAUCUCGGUACCUUACCCUGCUUCUGUCAACGCGGGCUUCAACGGAACUGCAAGAGGAGCCAUCGCAUUUGGCGAGACAAUGUUAGAAUGGAGAGUUCCUAACAUUACCGAUGUCUGCCGAGACUGCGAAGCUGAAGGAAGGCUCUGUGGAUUUAGCUCCGAGAGUAGGCAAGCAUUCUGUAAGAGUAAGAAUCACAGUUCACGUCUCAAGGUCAUUGCAGUAACGACGCCAGUAGCCGCAGUCCUGGUUCUUUCAGCAAUGGCAGGUGCUGCAUUAUUACACCUGGCCCUGAAAUCUAAAUACGACGACGAGAUACACAGGAAAGUGGAGAUGUUCCUCGAGACCUACAGGACGCUGAAACCGAGAAGGUACACAUUCUCUGAAGUCAGGAAGAUGACAAGACGGUUCAGCAGCAGACUUGGGCAAGGCGGGUUUGGGAGCGUGUACAAAGGCGAGCUGCCGAACGGAGGAGUGCCUGUGCCUGUGGCAGUCAAAAUGCUGGAGGACUCGACGGGGGAAGAGGAGUUCAUCAGCGAAGUCGCAACCAUUGGAACCAUCCACCACGCCAACGUCGUCCGGCUUCUAGGGUUCUGCUCCGAGAGGUCAAGGCGUGCUCUGGUAUACGAGUUCAUGCCUAACGCGUCGCUGGAGAAGUAUAUACGCUGCUCCUCCCAAGAACAGUCGUUAAUACCAACGGCCAGUAAGAUGCUGGAAAUAGCGACAGGGAUCGCCCGAGGAAUCGAGUACCUGCACCAGGGCUGCGACCAGCGCAUCCUCCAUUUCGACAUCAAGCCUUCCAACAUCUUGCUAGACUACAACCUGAACCCGAAGAUCUCGGAUUUCGGGCUGGCGAAGCUGUGCGCGAGGGACCAGAGCGUCGUCGCGCUGACCGCAGCGAGAGGCACCAUGGGCUACAUUGCGCCGGAGCUAUACUCUCGGAACUUCGGGACAGUGUCAUGCAAGUCGGACGUUUACAGCUUCGGCAUGGUGGUGCUGGAGAUGGUGGUGGUGAGUGCAAAGAGGAGGAAGUACAGCCCAGCAGAGACCGAGGACCAGAACGACGACGUUUGCGUUCCAGAGUGGAUAUACGAGGAAAUAGUCACCGGACAAGAGCCCAGGGAAAUGGCACGAGGAGAGAGAGACAUGGUGAGGAAGCUGGCUAUCGUGGCUCUCUGGUGCAUUCAGUGGAACCCACCGAACCGCCCGUCCAUGACUACAGUGGUGAACAUGCUGACGGAUAGCUUGCAGAGCCUUAAGAUACCCCCUAAACCAUUUGUUUCAUCCUUUGUUGGCCAGUAACCAUGAAGAAAAAGCUCUAGAGACCACAUGGUGACCAUUCAGAUAGAUAUUCGUGUCUAUCACUUGUCGGCAUAUGCAUGUAUCAGCGAUGAUGCCCUGUGAUCUGUCGUAGUUUUGUGUCAUACCCAUAUACCUUUUUUCCUUGUAACCACUGGAUUGUAUACAUUGCAAUUUUCUGGUGGUUUAACCAUGUUCACGAAUUUGUAA